AUGUACUACCUGCGCCGCAUCACUAUCCUCGCUGCCAUCCUGGCCUCCGUCUCGUUCCUGGCAUGGUUCUUGCCUCGAUACCUCAACCCAAACCCGCCGGACCCCGCCAAGCAGCGCGAGGACAGGAGAUGGGUCAGCAGCAGUCCCUACUGGCUCGACCGCCAGGCUUGUCGAUGGCUGAGUCUUUGCGGUGUCCAUCAUCUCUCCUGGGACCCCGCCUAUCUCGUCCCUCAUAACGAUUCCGACGCGGGUGAGUUGCGCCUAGAGCUGAGGUCUCUCGAUGGACGACACUCCGGCUGGGAGACGGCACCCCGGAAGCGGUCGCCGCGGGACGACAAAGAGGAGAGGCGGAAGACCCUGAAAGAAAUCCCCAACUACGUUCUUGAGUAUGCGCCGCUCGUCCACCUCUACUCGGGCGAGAACUUCUGGCCCUCCGACAUUGCGGAGCAUAUCCGACACAUGACGCCCUACUUGGAAGAAGAGGCCUUGAACCGCUCUCUCGCUCUGUCGGACCUGCACGAACUUAACAAGGAGGACGGCAUGGUCUACCUCACCAGCGAUGACGACGUUGAGCAGAGACCCGAGUGGCUGCACAGCCACGUUGGUAUUCCCGAGCCAUGGGACGAUGAGGGGGACGACGAUAGAAAUAAUGGCCCCGACAACAAUGAUCGUCCGUCCGAGGACUUUGACCACCCACCGCCUCCCACAGAAGAUACGACUUGGUUCGACGUAUCACGCGAUCAUCCUGUCAACCGCAUCUCGGACCCUCGUCGCCUAGCUCCACAAUUUGCUCCCUCAUCCGCUCGUACCAGCGGCUUUCACCUCCGUCGCCGAGACCAGGACCAGAAGCCGAUACCCGAUACGCCGACUCACAAACCCAACCAGGAAGGCUAUUCCAAGGCCCCCGCCAUCCUCGUUCUCGUAGACAAGGGCUCCGGCAUUGUCGACGCAUUCUGGUUCUUCUUUUACUCGUACAAUCUGGGCCAGACCGUGCUGACAAUCCGGUUUGGCAACCACGUCGGUGACUGGGAGCACUGCAUGAUGCGCUUCGAAAACGGUGUUCCCCGUGGCAUUUUCUUCUCCGAACACGAAGGCGGUCAGGCCUACACUUACAACGCCGUUGAGAAGCGGGGUCUUCGCCCCGUCAUUUACUCCGCCGUCGGAUCUCACGCCAUGUACGCGCAGGCCGGCGACCACCCCUACGUGCUACCCUUUGGUAUGUUGAAGGACGUCACGGACAAGGGUCCUUUGUGGGACCCGGCGAAGAACGCCUACACGUACUGGUAUGACUACGCCCAGGAUUUGGACGAGGACCUCGACCUCGAUCUCGACGGCGAAGUCGACGUGGCUAGCGGCCACCGGAAGGACAACCCCACCAGUCUAGUCCCGACGGCGGAGAACCCCGAUGCGCCAACGUCCUGGUUCCACUAUGCCGGCCCUUGGGGCGACAAGCUAUACAGUCUUGCCGACGUGCGCCAAUGGCGGCUUUUUGCCCAAUAUCAUUACGUCUCAGGACCGCUGGGACCCAAGUUCAAGCGUCUUGAUCGGGAGAAGCUCUGCAUCACCAGACGCUGCCGGAUUCUCAACAGCCUAAAGCCUGGACAGACGUGGUACAGUUAG